AUUCAAUAUUAAAAAUAAAGAGAAUGUAACCUGAGGUAGGGAAAUAAAGAAUGGCUUUUAAAUCAAUGCUUUCUCAAAUGCAAACAAUGACGAAGAUAUUAUGGGAGAACGUUACAGAAACUAUCAAUUAAUUAUAUGAUUGGAUUGAAAAUGAAGAUGCCGAAAAAAUUUAUCAGUGAU